CGAGGGUUCCAGUUGAUCCGAUCAAUGGAACAGCCUGCUCGUGAAAUUAACGUACAAGUGGCUGAGCACUCCACAGACACGUGUACCCUUAACGUAGUUCUCGGGGGAUAUUCAGCGUGACACAGUGUGACAAGGCUGGCCCCUUUGAAUUACAGGCACAACAGAAACAGGAAGUAAGAGUGAGAGAAAGUUAUGGUGAAAGAGUACAGCAGGGUUCGCCACCAACCCCUGCCGGAGCCUCGUGGAGCUUUAGGUGUUUUCACUCAAUGAACAUACACAACGCCCGGUCUGGGAAUCGAAACCGCAGAGUUUCUGCAGAUCUGAUAGAGUUUCUACAGCUGGAUGCCCUUCCUAAUGCCAACCACUCUAAGAGUGUAGGGGAUGCUACGCAACGGAGCGGAUUGGUUGCGAAGCAAGCUUCUUAACUUUACAGACACGACAGUGCAUCCUUCCCUUUCUUCUUCAAGACAAUACGUGUAACUUGAGAGAAGUUUGGCAGCUAAAAUCUAACAAGUUGAACACGAAGAGGCCUCUCUGUGUUGUUGUGUAGUCUCAGGUGGGCGCUGAUUUAGGAGACUUGUGAUUAAGGGAAUUCUAUGAUCGCUGUCUUUUUAUCGGGAAUUAUAAAUCGAAGACAACUGUUAAAUAUAUAAGUCACCAAUAUAUUAAGACGGUAGGGUGUGAAUCGAAGACGACUCCCUAACAUGUCUGCAAUACUUUUUAAGAUGGUAGGUUGUGAACCGAGGACGUCUGCUCGACGUAUCUGGUCGCCAACAUUUUUAAGAGUGCAAGGUGUGAAUUGAGGACGAUUGUUCGAUGUAUCUGUCUCUAAUAUUUUUUCUUUUUUAACACGGUAAAGUAUGAAUCGAAGACGACUGUCCAACAUAUCGGUCUCCAAUAUUGUCUUAAGACCAUAGGAUAUGAAUCGAAGACGACUGUCCUACGUAUCUGUCACCAGAAUUUUUUUGAAGAUGGCAGGGUGUGAAUCGAAAACGACAAUCAAACAUAUAUCUGUCGCCAACAUUAUUUUUACGACCGUAGAGUGUGAAUCGAGGACGACUAUCCAAUAUUUUAUGCCCCCACCAUUUUUUCCCUAUCUUUUACGACGAUAGGGUAUAAACAGAGAGAAAUUUGGCUGUUAUUUCUAGCAUGCCUGUUAAGCGCAUAGACCAUAGGAGCGGCCCCGUUGUUAGGAUCGUCGGUAAUUUUUCACAUAAACACCCGCACGAUUACCUAGCCCUAAUCCGAGAUCCUGACCCUAACACCCUAGUGGAAAUCGUGCGGGUGUUAAUCUGAAAAAUUACCCAAUAUUUUAUGCCCCCACCAUUUUUUUCCUAUCUUUUACGACGAUCGGCAGGUUGUUAAUUGCUGGUGAACGAACACCGGUUCAUAAGUCCAAACACCGGUUUCUGGGGAAGGUUUAUAAUUUCUGUGCUGCAACCAGCACACACACACUCCAUAAUAACUUAUCUCUCUCUCUUUAGAUUCUCUACUUGGUCUCUCUCUCAUAUCAGAGCCAGUCCUCUCUUGGUUCUUGUCCUCUCUGUCAACCCCUUCCUGGCUUUAAGCCAGUCCUUGGAGUCUUCCUUCUUGAUUUCUUCUUCCAAGCUGUUUUCAUCCCGGGAUGUAUUACGUUAAUAGCUGUAUAUUUACUGUCUAUCAAUCCAUUUAAACAGAUAUUUACACCUCUAGAUGUCUAUAAUAAUCAUAAUUUCUCUCUUCACGUCUAUCUAUUUACCUAUAUAAGCUUCUUGAAGCACAACACAACAACAUAUACACCAGGAUUAUAUUAUAUAUAAUAUAAUAUAAUAUAAUAUAAUAUCUGUGUUUAUUAUUUAUAGGUGUGUCAGCUAUUUUUCUGGAUGUUUCUAUCGUUUUUUUGUUCCUUCUGUAAAUACACAAGAAAAAACGAAAUGACAAAGAAUUAGAAUUCACAACACAAAUCCACAUUUAUUGCCUACAACACAGACACAUACAUACGCAGUAUUGUAUAUACAUACACACGCACUUUAAUAAUACACACACACACUUAUACAUAGUUUACUACACACACACUUAUACAUAUAUAUACACAUACAUACACGAACAUAAACAUACACGCGCACACACACUGAUACAUAGUUUACUACACACAAUUUUAUACAUAUAUACACGUACAGACACAUAUACACGCACCCACAAGCGCGCAAACAGCUAUGGACGAACAGCUGGUGUGUCACCGACGAGCGGAUGAUGCAGACGAUGAGGAAUCGAAACCGUCCCCUCAGGACCCCGUUAUCAAGAAUUGUCUGGAAGAUUGGAACGAUUUGGAAGAGGAAUAUGUCGAGCUGGAGAGCCUUCAUCGUACAUAUCAGAAAAAGCUCAAUGAAAUGGUCAGCCUACAAGACAAGUGCCUCAAACAGAUUGCCCAUCACAGAUAUCGGAUGAAAACAAUUCAGGAAAGCUUAAAACGAAACACAAAAGACUUGUCUGCCGAAGACAAAUCAGAGAUGAAGUCCCUUCAACAGAAACUCUUAGAUAGAAAGGAAGCCUUUCGUGAACUUGAAGAAUGUCUGCCUCAUCAAAAUGGGAAGCUCUUUACUGCCCUGUCUAUGCUCCAUCUACCUGCAACAAAUCCCCUUCUUUUAUAUUUGAACUUCAAUAUUCCAAGGUUGUACUUAAGUGUCAUUCUGGGUCAAGUCAAUGUCUCACUGCUUAACAAAGGUGACAAAUUUCAAUACAAAAGGGAGUAUGAGAGGUUCAAGCUUGUGGUUAGUUAUAUUAUAAUGUGUCUGUCUUUUGUGCAGACGUUUUUUGGAAGUUACAGAUGGGUGGAUGCAGUCCUUCAUUUUCUCCUCGUCUGGUAUUAUUGUACCUUGACUAUUAGAGAGAGUAUUCUUGUCGUGAAUGGAUCCAGAAUCAAAGGCUGGUGGUUGACUCAUCAUUUCAUUUCAACAGUUUGUGCAGGGAUUUCCUUAAUAUGGCCUGAUGGCUGGUCGUAUCAAGUCUUCCGCACGAGAUAUGUCAUAUUCAUUAUGUACCUUAGUUUUGUAUAUGUUAUGCAGUAUUACUACCAAAACGGUUGUCUGUACCGACUGCGUACACUUGGUAAAAGACAUGGCAUGGACAUCACAGUAGGUAAGUUGUCUCCCUUGUUUUUUCUUAGUCUCAGCCUCGGUUGUGUCCCUUGAACAAUUAUUGUUAAU